AUUGGUUGCUAAGGGGUUGCGACCGACGACUUUAUUGGAAAUUGAACCGGCAGACGUUUCUGAUCUAUUCUAACAGCGGACUGCCAUCGUCACCUGUGACGCCGCGUUUUGAUUCCAUACUUCCUGGCCACCUUCCAGUAUCAUAUUUUACAUCCCUCUCCACCCGAUAACUGAAACAGAAAAAUCAAUAUUCGAAGAUCAGCGCGACCGAGAUAUCGCGGAAGAUGGGCAGAGCUCACGACGCCACCCCGACAACCCCAAAUCGCGCCCCGGCGUUGAAAAGAAAGCGGGAUACAAGCAAAACAGCCGAAGCGACUCCCACACCAGUGAAGCGUAAUCGGCGACGGGGACAAAACAAUGCCGCGAGCUUACCAGAGACUGCCGACGUGGUCGACUUAACGGGCGACUCACCCGUGAAGACACCAGCGAAACAACAGACAAAGUCAAGGAGCAGGAGAACACCAAACAGCGCGGCUGAUAGCCCCAACGAGGAACGUCGAGCGCGGAGAUUCCGGGCUCGGCCACCUCAGUCUCUAUGGGACCGACUAGCCCGUGCGGCGACUCAAAGGAUGUUCGUCGUCGGAUACAACGUCGUCUGGACCGAUGAAUAUACAGAGUUUCCAUACCCCCAGAUGACCUUUGACAUGGUUGGCACAACGGGAAACAUGUACAAGACGACCAUUGGGAAGGUGCCGUCGUGCGACUGUCCAGAUGCCACCAAGAGAGGGACCCUGUGCAAACAUAUCUGCUACGUCCUAGUCAACGUCCUCAAAGCGACAACGCAUCUGCAGUACCAAGCGGCGUUCCUCUCAUCAGAACUCCGUCAAAUCUACCACCACUCCCCCCUCGCGCAGAAAGAAGCCGAAUCCAAGCCCGGCGCAGACGCAAACGGCAACAGAAAGCCAGUCGAAGGAGACUGCCCUAUCUGCUUCAUGGAAUUCGAGCCCGACAAAGAAGACAUCGUGUGGUGUCGCGCAGCGUGCGGGAACAACGUGCACAAGACGUGUUUCGAAAAAUGGGCCCUCACGCAGCGCAGCGUGGGAGUCCGCUGUGUAUACUGCCGCUCCCCAUGGGAGACAGACCACAGCACCAUGAACCUAGAGACCCUCAAACAAAACGGCACCGUUAGCGAAGACGGCUACGUAAACGUAGCACGACAGAUGGGCCUAUCAGGCCAACGCGAUUAUUCAACCUAUCAUCAGCCUUGGGCUUACCGGGGAUCGUACUCCUCUGGUUCGCGUAGGAGUUAUUAUCCUGAUUACGGCGAUGGGGGGUACUAGGGGAAGUGAGUGUAUCAUAUCAUGGCUGCGAGGAGUUGAAGAGAGUUAUAGAAUACCCGGUGCUGGCUUCUGGGGUGACUGUAGCUCUACA